UGUGUGAAUAAAUCAACUGAGCUCGCUGUUCGAUGGAAGUGAAUGUGUACGACGACUGCUGGCUGCUGGUGCAACGUUUCAACCAAGCAGCCAACGACGAGCAGAACGGCGAGUUUCAGCUAUUCUGCCGCUGCUGGCAGGAGCUGCAACUGCAGCAUCUUUUCUCAGCGCAGACGAACCACAUCGAGAUAAUUGCCACCACACUGGCCGCCCUGCACGUGGGCAAGCGUGUGGCCUGCGGCCGUCGCACCAAUGGGCAACCACAUCCAGCCGCUUCCCGCUACCAGCGCAUUGCAGGAUUCUAUUUACUGUACGUGAUCUACAACAAGCAGCCGACACAGAAUUUUGUCAAGAUCGAGGUGUCGCCAGACACCUGGCAGAGCCUGUGCGACUACGCGCUGCAGCUGCGACGUGACAGCCCGGACCAGAAGGACACUCAGCAAGUUAGCUACUUCUUCUGGCGCCUGGUCCAGCAGCAAGCUUUCCGCUUCACGGCCUUGGACUAUUGCCAGGGCCUGGACGCCUUGGUCAACUAUGACAACGUGGAGAGUGUUGCGGGAGCCAGCAAGCAAAGGAAGAGCGAAAUGCUUCUAAAGCAGCACAAACCCAAUAAGGUCAGCCUUAUUUACGAACUGGAGGACCUUCGGAACUUGGACCUCGCCAGCGAUCCGCUCUGUAAGCUGGAGACGGCCUAUAACAAGCAAAAGGAGCAGCUGCUCGGGCAAGAACAGACUCUGCCGCCCACUCGUGUCUUCAGUCACCUUCAGGAGAUCUUCAGUGACAUACAAAGCAUUUUAGGAGUUCAAAAGAGUCAGCAGAAUGCUGAUAUACAGCCCACAACCUCCAGGAACCACCAACUGGAGCUGCGUGAGCGGGUGCGCUACAAAGCCAUGUAUGGCAAAGAAAAGGAUGAGCCGCCAAAGACGGAGGAAGCGGAGGAGCCGGAGCAGGAGCAGGAAGCCCAAGAUCCGUACCAACGACGCACAUCGUCGGCCACUGUGUUCCUCCCGCAACUGCCCAAAGAAGUGGCGCGAGAGUACGAGCUGGAGGAUUACACCGAGGAUGAGGAUGAGGAAGAGGAAGACUGUGAAGAGCUUACGGACAGACCAAAGAGAAAGCGAGGCUUAAAUAAAUAAGUUCAGA